AUUCUGAGCGCGCGAUCGUGAAACGCAUUACAAGAGUAAGUUUUAUGCCCGACAAACUUGUUCUCGAUCAGUUGCUCGUGUCAUACUGACAGUAUCAACAAUUACUAUUGUUUAAAUAAUAAGUUUUUUUUUUAAUUUAGUAUUUUUGAUACUUAAUUUUUUUUUUUUUUACCAAUAAACCCCAAAAUUUUUUUUUAUAAAUCAAAUAGACUGAUGAUAAGUGUGUGAUUACACGUGACAUUUUUUUAUUUCAAAAAAUUUAAAUGUCAAAUAAUAAAAAGAAGUAUUUUUGAUUAAAUGAUAAAAAGAUAAAGAAAAGUGUGGAAUCGUGACUACUUACAAGUGUCAAAAAAUUAAAGGGCGUGAUUUUUAAAUUUGAAUUUUGUGUUUAGGUAAAAAAUUAAUAAGACGAUUUAAGUGGAUUAGCAACAGUACAGUUGAAGUGAUAAACUGAUCGGUAUUAAUUGAUGCUAUGAAGGAUACUCCAACUAACGGAUAUGCUGAAGUAAACGGCAAAAAUGGAGUUACCGACAAAGACAAGAAAUGUGAAGAUUAUGAAGAAGUGGACGCGAUCCAGGAAGCGAUGGGCGCGAUGGGAAGAUGGCAAGUCCUCGUGUGUAUCGCCAUUUCCUUAGUCAAAUUUCCCGUAGCGUGGCAUCAAUUAGCUAUGGUAUUUAUGGCACCACAUGCUCAACAAUAUAAUUGUACAACUCCUGCAUAUUCAUCAGCCAAAGAUCAAUGCAUUGUUAACGUAAACGGCAGCCAUGUUGAGUGUCAGUCUUGGGAGUUUGACAGAAGUACCUUUCCAGAAACGAUAAUAUCUCAGUGGAGUCUAGUUUGCAAUCGUUCCCAUUAUGCGAAUAUACAGCAGUCAUUACUCAUGUUCGGUAUAUUAUUAGGAAAUAUUACAUUUGGUAGUUUAGCAGACAGAUUUGGCCGAAAAAUUCCAUUGAUGAUUUCUGUGAUACUUCAAUUAGCAUCAGGGAUCGGUUGCGCAGUGGUGCCGUGGUUUCCAGCUCUUCUGUUUUUCAAAUUACUGGCGGCGAUGGCCACUGGAGGAACAAUGGUCACAAGUUACGUGAUAUGUAUGGAAAUAGUCGGCACUAAAUGGCGAGCAGCUAUCACAGUCCUCUAUCAAAUACCAUUUAGUUUGGGACACAUGUCAUUAGCUGGGCUAGCAUAUCUAUUCCGUCAUUGGCAGCAUUUACAAUUGGCCAUAUCACUGCCGUCAAUAAUACUCUUGAGUUACUGGUGGAUUGUACCAGAAUCUCCCCGAUGGCUUUUGGCUGUCGGCAGACAAAAAGCCGCCUGCAAAAUACUCAAGAAAGCCGCCAAAGUUAACAAAGUUCCUGAUAAAGAUAUUCCAGAGUUAGUACGAAAGCACUAUUUGCAUCAAAAUUCGAGAAAAUCGGCGUCUGAUCAUUCGGCAACAAUUGUUGAUUUAUUUAGAACUCCAAAUAUAAGGAUAAAGUCAUUAGCGAUAUUCUUUAAUUGGAUUGUAUGUGGAAUGGGUCUUUUCGGUAUGACCCAGUACAUUGGACAAGUUGGAGGCGAUAUAUUUGUUAAUUUCGCCGUGUCGGGCGCAACUCAAAUACCGGGUAAUUUUGUCGCCUGGUGGGUCAUGAAUAAAUUGGGCAGAAAAAUUACAUUAAUUACUAGUCACGUUACUGCUGGUGUUGCUACCUUACUUUUAAUUGCUGUACCUGAGAAUUUAGCAUGGGCACGACUUAUAUUGGCUUGUUUUGGAAUUGUCGGAAUGUCUGUGUCAUUUACGACAGUUUAUUUAUUUUCCGGUGAAUUAUUUCCGACUGUUGUUAGAAAUAUUGGAGUAGGAACGAGCAGCAUGUGCGCGAGAAUAGGAUCUAUGGUUGCGCCAUUUGUUGUUUCUUUGAGUACGGUACAAUUCUUUUUACCUCCGUUAAUUUUCGGUACAUUCCCGCUGGUUGGUGCGGGCUUGGCAUUAUUUUUACCAGAAACCAACGGAUGUAAAUUACCGGAAACUCUUCAAGAUGGUGAAGAUUUUGGAAAAAAAAUAAAAAAAUGUUUAAAAAGAAAAGACGCGGAAGCUGAAGUAUCACUUUAAUGUAAAUAUACUUACAUUUAUUUACAAGCAGUAAAAAUAUCAAAGUUAGACUAUUGUUAAAUUAAAUCAUUCCGUUAUAGUUUUAUUUAUUAUUAUUAUAAGAUAUUUAUAACUUAAUAUUUUUAACAAUCGAAUUUUAUUGAUAUUUAAUGAAAAUUACCAGUAAUUAAUUAAAGUAAUUAAGUAUAAAAUAAAAACUAUAUAAAUUGUAUUUUUUUUAUUGUAAAAAAAUUUUUAAUGCAACGUAUUUUUUUAAUUCUAGA